AUGUCUCCUUUGACGGAUGACUUAGCAUCCUUGAAUGUCAUAUUUCAUGCCCUUUGUGUUUCUCAAAGAACCAGCAAAAUGGAGGAAGCCAAUCAGCUGCUGUCGCUUUAUAAACUCAACCAAUACAUUUCCUUCAAGGAGAUUUACCCCGGGUCAAAGGUCACUCACUUUAAAAGGCUUAAAUCUGACAGUGGGGUCCAGUUUUCUGACAUGAUGUUUUUUGAUGAUGAAGAAAGGAACAUUGUGGAGGUCGGACGUCUGGGUGUUCAUUGUACGUUGGCUCAUAACGCCAUCACAUGUAAAUUAGUCAAUGAUGAACUUGAGAAAUUCAAGAGAAAGCAGUGACGCCCAUGUGUGCUUCUGGAGAUGCAGCAAGUGCACUGGACACCUGAAGUAAUUUUAUGUAAUGGACCUCAGCAAUGAGCUUCUCCACAGUGCCAUUUCAAAUGCGCAUGCACUUUAUAUUCAAGUAGAUUUGACUGGCUGUCGUUGGUUUUUCGUUCAUCAGACAAAAAAAGUCUAGAAAGUGAU